AUGGAGGGUGACACAUUCUCUGGCCUUGCCAAUGGUGCUCAGAUUGAUGCCAAGAUCAUGCAGACAUUUCAUAAGAGCUUUGUUCAAGUCCAGAAUAUUUUUGAUCAGAACAGGCUACUCAUCAAUGAGAUAAACCAGAACCAUGAGUCUAAGGUCCCUGAUAACCUCAGCAGGAAUGUAGGGCUCAUUAGGGAGCUCAACAACAAUAUCAGAAGAGUGUAUGACCUAUAUGCUGAUCUUUCAACUUCCUUUACCAAAUCCAUGGAAGUUACAUCAGAGGGGGAUUCAAGUGGUGGUGUGAAGUCAGAUGGGAAGGCAGUCCACAAGAGACAAAGACCUGUGUAG